AACGCAGUGGGGACUGGGGGAGACACGGACGGACACACAGAGAGAUAGGGGGAGAGAGGGAGAGGACUCAGAAGAAAUUGGAAAGGAUGAGCGGUGGUGAAGGAGGAGAGACUACGUUAGAGUACACACCAACAUGGGUGGUGGCCGCUGUUUGCACUGUAAUCGUCGCCAUUUCUCUUGCUGUGGAGCGCCUUAUGCACUUCACCGGAAAAAAAUUGCAGAAGAAGAACCAGAAACCUCUCUUCGAAGCCUUACAAAAAGUUAAAGAAGAAUUGAUGAUAUUGGGGUUCAUAUCGCUGCUUCUGACGGUGUUUCAGAACACGAUCUCCAAAAUCUGCGUUCCGGAGGACUUGACCGGUCACAUGCUUCCGUGUAAACUCAAGGAAGGAGGGCAAUCCAUUACUAAUGCCACCACUGCUCAUUUCGGGAGCUUCUUUGUGUCCACCAUUUCGGGCAAAGCCAGGAGGCUUCUCUCUGAGGAAGUUUCGUCUUCCAAGACCAGUUACUGCAGCCGAGAGAAUAAGGUACCACUGUUAUCUGUAGAAGCUCUGCACCAUCUGCAUAUCUUUAUCUUCGUCCUAGCCAUUGUCCAUGUGACCUUCUGUGUUCUCACUGUGGUUUUUGGAGGUGCAAGGAUUCGCCAAUGGAAAAUAUGUGAGGAUGAAAUUGCUAAACAGAAUUAUGACACAAAUCAAGUUAUGAAAACAAAAACAGUUACCGAUGUCCACCAACAUGCUUUCAUCAAGGAUCAUUUUCUGGGUAUUGGUAAAAACUCAGCUCUGUUGGGUUGGUUGCAUUCUUUUGUCAAGCAAUUUUAUGCAUCUGUGACCAAAGCAGACUACAAGACACUACGGCUAGGUUUUAUCAUGACCCAUUGCAGAGGAAACCCCAAGUUUAAUUUUCACAAAUACAUGAUGCGUGCACUUGAAGAUGAUUUUAAGCAAGUUGUUGGGAUAAGUUGGUAUCUUUGGGUAUUUGUGGUCAUCUUUCUGCUGAUGAACAUCAAUGGUUGGCAUACGUAUUUCUGGAUAGCGUUCAUUCCUUUCAUUCUUCUACUUGCUGUGGGGACUAAGCUGGAGCAUGUAAUAACCCAGUUGGCUCAUGAGGUUGCUGAGAAACAUGUGGCCAUAGAAGGUGACUUGGUAGUUCAGCCAUCAGAUGAUCACUUUUGGUUUGGUCGGCCCCACAUUGUCCUCUUUCUGAUCCAUUUUAUCCUUUUCCAAAAUUCUUUUGAGAUUGCAUUUUUUUUCUGGAUAUGGGUGCAAUAUGGCUUUGACUCUUGCAUAAUGGGACAAGUUCGUUAUAUUGUCCCAAGGCUCAUCAUUGGGGUCUUCAUUCAAGUGUUCUGUAGUUACAGCACCCUUCCACUUUAUGCCCUUGUCACACAGAUGGGGAGUAAUUUCAAGAAGUCUAUCUUUGAUGAGCAUGUGCAAGCCGGGCUUGUUGGUUGGGCUCAGAAGGUGAAGAAGAAAAAGGGAUUAAAAGCAGCAGCUAAUAAUGGCUCUGGCCAAGGAAGUUCACAUGAAAGUACUACCGUGGGAAUUCAGAUGGGGGCAGUCCUCCGUAAAGCGUCUACACCAGAGGAGAUCCAGCCUGCGCCUGCAGUGCCUGGUUCUGAAGGUUCAAAAUGAGCAGUACCAUUCAUCUAGGACCCGGGUACGUCACUGGAAAAGGUCAGGUGAAACAUAGCCAUUAGGAUUAGUUUUGUCCCUUAUAACGAAGGAUUAAACAAUGGAGACGUUUUUUUUAUGCCAGCCUAUCUGUGAAUGUAUAUAUAUUUUUAUUUUCAGGAAAAAGAUCGAAGUGUUGUAUGUGUGAUCUUUGUUGCAGCGAGUAUGAGUCUGGGUUUAGCAACUUCUCUCAAAA